GACGUCUUUCAUAUGUCAGAAAUACUGUGGAGUGUACCUACAUUAUUUACCGCACCCUAAAAUCUUUUGAUAGAUUUUAUCAUUCCUUUUUGUGAUUUCAAGGAAUUAAAUUUAUUUCCUACCAUGGAUCAUCUACCGGCCUGUAUUAUAGACGUCGGCACUGGCUACACAAAGUUGGGGUUUGCCGGCAAUAAAGAACCGCAGUUCAUCAUACCAUCAGCCAUUGCCAUAAAAGAAACUGCGAAAGUAGGCGAUCAGAGCACACGGCGUAUGACUAAAGCUGUUGAAGAUUUAGAUUUCUUCAUUGGGGACGAAGCGUUCGACGCCACCGGGUAUUCUGUAAAAUAUCCCGUACGACAUGGGCUAGUUGAAGACUGGGACCUAAUGGAGAGGUACAUAGAGCAAUGUAUCUUUAAAUAUUUGAGGGCUGAGCCUGAAGACCAUCACUUCCUGCUUACUGAACCCCCUCUGAAUACACCCGAAAACAGAGAGUAUUUAGCUGAGAUUAUGUUUGAGUCAUUUAAUGUGCCAGGCCUGUACAUAGCUGUGCAAGCUAUGUUGGCGCUUGCUGCAUCGUGGAAGUCGCGCGCUCCUGCACAACGCACUUUUACAGGAAUUGUAGUUGACAGUGGAGAUGGUGUAACUCAUAUUGUGCCUGUAGCUGAAGGUUAUGUUAUUGGAUCAUGUAUCAAACACAUUCCUGUAGCUGGCAGAAAUAUCACCUCUUUUAUUCAGUCGCUUCUUCGAGAACGUGAGGUAGGUAUUCCUCCAGAACAAAGCUUAGAGACAGCAAAGGCAAUCAAAGAGAGAUACAGUUAUAUUUGUCCUGAUAUUGCAAAGGAGUUUGCUAAAUAUGAUUCUGAUCCCGCCAAAUGGAUGAAGAAGUAUACAGGAAUAAAUGCUAUAACUAAAAAUCCAUUUACAGUUGAUGUUGGCUAUGAAAGAUUCUUAGGACCUGAGAUAUUCUUCCAUCCAGAGUUCUCAAACCCAGAUUUCACAGUGCCUUUGAAUGAAAUGGUAGAUGAAGUAAUACAAUCCUGCCCGAUUGAUGUGCGAAGAGGGCUUUAUGGAAACAUUGUUUUAUCAGGAGGCUCUACAAUGUUCCGCGACUUCGGGAGAAGACUACAAAGGGAUAUAAAGAGGACAGUCGAUGCAAGAUUGAAAAUGUCCACUAUGCUUUCGGAAGGUCGUAUUACUCCUACACCAAUUGAUGUGCAGGUGAUUUCACAUUACAUGCAGCGCUAUGCUGUCUGGUUCGGAGGAAGUAUGCUGGGUUCCACCCCUGAGUUUUAUCAAGUAUGUCAUACUAAACAAGCAUACAUGGAGUAUGGACCUAGCAUCUGCAGGCACAACCCUGUUUUUGGUACCAUGACAUAAUAUUCUUAAAACUGCCAGUAUUAAGCGAAAUUAUAAUGAUUUAAAUCAUUACAAAUAACAGUUAUCAUGAAUUUAUUAAUACAAUAUUAUUUUGAUUACUUAAAAUAUGCCUGUUACUUUAAGUAUGAUUAUUUUAAAUUGUUAUUUAAGUUUGAAGACUGACCCUUAUUGUUAUCUAUUAAACUAACAAUGCACAACUUUUCUGUAGGUCAGAUUUAUAAUGAAUUUUGAAAUGACAUAAGUUAUAAUUUUUUAUCUUUUACCAUAAGCAUCUGGUUAGCUGGAUCACAGAUUAAAUUUAAGCAUUUAACAUUGCAUUCCAGCAUAUUACCAAAAAUAUAGUCUUCUUUAAAUAAAA